CGAGUGCAAAAGCGAGAGUUGCGUUACGUAUGAAGUUUUUGACGCGAUUUGCAUGGCGUUAGGGAGAAUUAAAAAGUGUAAGACCAUCCCAAAUUUAGACGUCGGGUAAACCAAGUGGCCGUUGGUUCCAUAAAUGGGGAGACAACUUUUUUAAAUGCUGCUUUCGAAAGUGGGAUGAAUUUCUUUAACCAGGUAGUUGCACAGGCGAGCAGGUCAGUGUUUAGUUAGCCUGACGUGCACCAAGAAAAAUCCGCAACAAAACCAAUCUAUUUAAUUGCGCCAUAAGUUUUGGAUGGAUUAUUUGAAAUGGCCUGUGUGGAUGACAUUUUCGCAAGCAGCAGUCAAGAAACAAUUUAUGCCGCCCCAGACAACGAAGAUCCCUCCCUGAUGCUGGAGGCUUUGCGGCUGCCACCCGAAUCAGCCGCCGCUGCACCCACUCAAAGUCACUUCUGCCACUUCUGUCCUGAAGCAUUUGAGGAUGCAAUUCAUUUGGAGGCGCAUCUUAGAGAACAACACAGCUCUGAUCUUGGCAGACUUCACCGUCUGGACGUUCUGAGAAUGCGCUGCUGUCCCUUGUGUCCUGCAAGAUUUUUUGACCAAGAGUUGCUACCGCCUCAUUUGCUUCAGGAGCACAGUGCCGAGCUAGGCAGACUGUUCAAAGGACGCGCCACUCCUGACCAAAAACUUGCCUGCCCAUUUUGCGACUACAAGGUUCUGGCAGCAUUUGGUGAACUUUUGAGCCACCACGUUGAUGAGGCGCAUAUAUCAGAACUGCAACAGUAUUUGGUGCAGCAACCAAACAGCGCCUCACCUGAGGAAGAACAAGUGGAACUGCAUGAGCCACCUUUUAUUGAAGAUACACCAGUCAAAACAUCUUGUUUUGGACCCAGUAGAAAAAAGGUGCCAUUUACUUGCAGCACGCCAAAAGCACCCACCAGACAAAUAACGCAUGGAGACUUUCGGUGCGGUUCUUGCGGUGUAUAUUUCGAGUCUGACUGCGACUUGGUUUCGCAUGUGAAACUGAAGCACAACAAAGUCAAGGCGCUGAUGAGGCCUCUUUAUGGGUGUGGUGUGUGCUCAGCAGUAUUCUACAGAAACAGUUUUGUCAGGAGACAUCACCGGCUGCAUCAUACUCAACUGGACUGACUAGUAACCGUCAAAUUUGUUAAAUAUUACCGUUUUAUUCUGCAUGGUUGCUGGAAUCAACCAAUACAUCUUGUUUUCUCUAUUAUUACUAUCGACAUGAAAAAUCUAAUUAACCUCGGUAAACCAAAGUGAAAUAUACUCUAACAGCUAAAUGAACAGUAGCAAUAAAAUUGCCCCAAAGGGAAUUAUUUUA